AAUAGCGUAUAGGAUGGUGGCUUCGGAGCUUCUGGCUUUCGGUAAUCAAACACCACUCAAGUUCCAAGUGGUUAGCUGCGCAAGUUUGUCACAAGUGUCAAAAGCGAGCGAGUGGUAUUUCUAAAAUUGUUCAAAGAAACUUCAGACCAUCGCACAGUUAGUGCGGGAGUUUACGCUGUAUCGAUGACAACCUAGUGUAAGCUUCCAGUGUCCAUUCGCUCCUGCUUCACGAUACGUACGAGGAACUUUCUACAAAUCCAAAGUUGUUUCUACAAAUCCGUAUAUUUUCUUAAAUAUAUAGGAUAAAUGCCAAGCAUCAAAGAUGAAUCGGACGGUGAAGGGGAGGAAAUGUCGCACGACAGUAAUGACAGUAAUCAGAGCUCUGUGUCGUGUGACAGUAGCGCAGAGCACACUGACAGCGAUGACUCGUCAGAAAUGGAUGAGGAUGAAUGUGAGCGGAGACGGAACGAGUGUAUGGAAAACUUGUUAGAUCUGGAGAGGCAGUUCACUCUUCUCAAGGAACAAUUAUACCGAGAAAGAAUCAUACAAGUGGACACGAAACUCGGGGAGGUCCGGGUGGGGAAGUCGGAAGAGUAUCUGAUACCGCUAGAGCGACUGAAGGAGAAUCUGAAGACGAAGACCGAAGUGGCCGGGAUUUUAAAGCAAUUUAGGUUGAACAAUAUUCUGAACAAGUUCUACGCUGAGGAGCAGGCCGCCCUGCAAAACUUCGAGAGUGAGAAGUCGAUAGUCUGGGACUGCAUACAUAACGACCUCCAGGAGAAGAUCCGCCGUUUGGAAGAGGACAAGAACAACGUGGACAUACACGCGGAUUUGUGGCUCAACACGACCAGCAAGCGACGGAGGAACCACACGGAGAGACGGCGCGCCGUGUCCGUCGCGGGCCCUUAUAUCGUCUACAUGCUCAAUGACACGGACAUAUUGGAGGACUGGGCGAUGAUAAAGAAGAGCCUGAGCAGCCGGAAAACGGAGAUAAUGUAACCUCCGGCGCGGAAUCGAGGAGCGCCGGAUCGGUGGCCGUCGUGACCAUUUUUGACUGGUUUCGACAACUGCACAGACAAAGGGUGAUUCCGGGAUCUCAUUCUACGCUCUUUUACUUUCGCGAUACAAUGAAAUUUGUACUUGACCAGGAUUAAGAUUCGUAUCGGCAUUCUCCCGAUGCUGAUCGAGCCUUGCAGCGGUCGGAGGCGCGCGUCCCGAACGAUCGCGAACCAGUCAGCGAGCAGCAGUCGCGAGAGAUUCGCGAAUUCCGAGAGAAUAUUAAGGCGAAUACACAAAUCGUGGCCGUCGACGUACAAGUCGGGCGACGGUUGUUGCCUGCCAUUCAAUCGCUUUAGUCACCUCUUGACAUUUUUUCUCGACAAAUCACUACAAAAUUUCACUACUCUCCAAAUGAGUCAAACUAUAGUCACCUUUUUUCCUGAGUUGCCGUUAAACUUGUAAAAUAUAGGCGUUCUAUGUGUAUAUAUAUUUUUUUGCCUUCUUAUCUGCUACCAAUUGCUCCGAAAGCGUGCUCGUGUAUCGUGCGCGUCCUUAGUCUUUCCUUGUUACGAACUUUCAAAUCGUACUAUGAAAAGAACUCGCUAUAUGUUAAAUUAUCCAAAAUUAAAGUUGGAGAAGUAAGAAUAAAUGUUACUUUUUUUCGAACGGUUUUGGUUACUCUCAGAAUUUGACAAAAUAUUGUCACUUCUGGUCACUUCUGGUAUUUUAAUAUUUAAGAGGUCACCUAUUCUGCUAAGAAUCAGUCAUUUUAUUUCACUUUAUUUUGCACCAGUGAAUGGAUGGCAGGAUGUUAUGCAUUGUAAAAAUUCUUGACGGCAAGCGAGUGCAUCUCCUUUCGAAUCAACACCAAAAGGGUUUAAUUUAUUGAUCGAUGAUUUAUUACCAAAGCGGAGAGCAAUAUGCUAUAAAUUUAACGAAAUACGGUUAACACGGUAAAUUUAUGGCGAAACAAUCGAGAAUUGGGUGUGGGUAUAAUGCUUCCGACGUCGAUGUUACAUACAAUCGUCCUUGACACGUGCGAAAAUUUCGCCCAGUUGGAAGUAGCGUGAAGGAACAGUAGAGACUUCGGAGAUAAGCACUUCCAACUGCGGCGUUCGUCACGGAUGCGAUGUCUGUACAGUGUGCCUUGGGGGGAAAAAAAGUAAAAUACUACGUUAGUUUACGCUAACGUAUUUCCGGUAUAUUGGAGUGAAGCAAUCACGAUUUAUUCCCGUCGCGGGAUUUCGACAAAUCCGAUUUAUCUCGAGAAUUGUCGGCACUGAAAACGAUAAUCGUGUCAGUCUGUCGUUACCGUAAAAAUGACUGAGAAUGACUGAAGAUUUCUGUUUCAUACGUAGUGCCAAGAAUUAAAUAUUUAUUGCGCGUGUGUGUUGAUCAGUUCGGGCGCAAUAGUUACACGAGAGACUGCACUUCGUUUUAUUAUAUUUCUUGUUAAAGCUCCCUCGUCCUCUGGGCGUACACUAGUCGUCCAAAGAGCAGGCUGGUUGACUGUAUUUUAUUUAGUCAGACCUGUCUCGUCCAACAUGGGAAAACAUGGCUCAAAAAACUUAUCAGUUGGAGCUUUAAUGAGAAAUAACCGAGAAUACAGUGUAAUUAUAGUGGACGCGAAUUUCGAUCGACACUUUGUUAACAUACAUUUUGUUAACACAUACAUAAAGAUAUUUCCGGAAGGUACUCACCCGUCUCUCCGUUGGAUUAUAUUCAUGGAAACUUUGAGUGUUUUCUGUUUAAUAUUCCGUUAUUCCUAAUGUGUAUAAAAAUUGUACAAUAUCAAUUGGGCAUAUUUCAUAUUUUUGAAUAAAGUUUGAAAAACAGCACAAGCUCUCACCCGA